UGAGCCCUUUGUUCCGCGUUUAAGUCAAACAGGGCGUUAUCCCGACCGCGUCCGAAGGCACUUUGCUGGUGCGUUUCGAUCGCUCUCUGUAUCUCCGAAAAACAAAACCUCUAGUCCUGCUCACAACCAGAACAAACCAGUGGCGACCACUUCUAUGACGGUGGAUGAACAUGAAACUGCACUGCAGGAAGCGACUAAAACAGGAAACUCCAAUGAAGUUGACCAGCUCGCUACACCGGCUCACUUUGAUGAAGACGUAGGAAGUCAACAUGGAUUCUCAUCUCGAUCCCCUAUGUUAAUAAAGGAUGAUCAAGUACUAGAAGCACAAAUGCCACUAGUUGAGAGUCAUGCCGAUCAACAAGAC